UCACCAAACCAUAGCACGCAUGCUCACCUCAUGGUAUUACGCACACUGGUUCGAGUUUAAGCAGAAGCCUGCACUUAGGGAGUUAGCAGCAGUUAGCAUCGAUGUACCGAAUGAAGCUAGUUCUUAGCUCAAGGAUAGUCGUCCGGAGGCUAUGGAGACAUUGCAUCCGCCUCCGCCGUCGUGUUCGUACAUCCAGCCUUCUGAGAAAGCCCCGACAGCAGUCCGCUGUGAAGGUCACUGUACAUGCAAACGAAAAAAUCUCCAGUUAUGAAGGUUCAAAGCCCGCCGUGAAGGCACCGCGUGAGUACUCCGAGCAAAUGAGGGCCCUUCACAGUUUGAAGUUGUUGCAGGAAAGUGUUCUGGAACCUGAAGAUGAAGAAGAGGACUACUCGCUGGGUCUACACCGGCGUCGUCCUUCCACACCCCUGGACUACUCCUUAGCCAUUGAUUUCACAGCUGCGAAGAUAGUGAAUUCUGUGAUUCUCAAGUGUAAGCAGUUUCAGUGUAUCUCUUCCCUCUACAAGGAAGAGAGCCACGGGCUUCUGGCAACGGUUGUUGGCUUACAGGAAAUUCUUCAGAUCAUUUUGGGACUCUCUAAUCUAACGAGGUACCUGGAGGUGUUGGAGGACAUCAUCCUCUACUCCAGCAAGGCCUUCGCAUUUAUGGAAAAGCUUUGCUUUAAGCAGUUGCCAAAUUCUAAUCACGGCGUUCACAAGACGGCAGUGAAAAUGAGCGAGUUCGCAUGCCAGUUCUACAGCUUAACACUCAGAUUGUGCGAGGAAUACAAGAAGGGUGGUGACAAUCGAAAGUGCUUGUCUUGCACAGAAGAGCGGCCGUCUUUCGGAGUAAGCACCUACCAGGUGCCCAUUCACAACGUUGCGGAGAGGUUGCGCAAGAAUAAGCGAGUCCAAAUUGUCUUGACAGAGGUGGAUGGGAAGUCUGCGUACAACGUGGAGCUCUCAUAUCCUCGCAAAUGGUUUUCAAAGGAUGUCGCCAUGAGUGCCAAGAUUGAGAGCAGUGACCGUGGGUUUUCACAAACGUUGCAGGCCGAUCGUGUGAAGAUCGAGAAGGGGAGUUGGGGAUGGGAGGAGGCACAGGACACAGUGCUGAUCACGUAUGACGAUCUGGUGGUGGCAAAUGUAGCUUCAGUGUCCGGCAGCCUGCUUUCAUGUAACAAGCAAACCAGCUUUAAGGAAAGUCACUCUCCGAAGCCUUCCACGGCACAAACCUACCGCACGAGCAUCCAGAUUGUGGGCUCCAGCAGGAUAGACCUCGACUUGCAAAAUCUGUUCAUCAAAGGGACGAAGGACAAAGACAAUGUCUACUAUAAGUGCUUUGUUAACGUUAACGGCCGGGAAGAGGUUCUGGGUAUCUAUCGGUACCAGGAGAAGCAGUUUCUAGCGGCUGAGGGGGCGCUUCACAUUGUCGGUCGCGGCAAUCAACCUGGUCUCCGUCACGUCCUUGUCUCCAUCUUCUCCUCUCUAGGGUUCACUCCCUCUGCAUGAGCUGGAACGUGAUACCUGUACGAAGGUUCCACCUAACUCUUCAAUUCGUUACAUCUGUGCACCGACACAUGUAAACACCAAAAAUCAAACGGAUUUCGGUUGAUAUGCAAGGUGAAUGGAUGUGGAGGUCGUAACAUGAUUUCAUGACCAGACUAAAUACACACACUAAGACGCACAUUACGGGGAGGCAAAGAUCAGCGAAUAGACAACUUCGUGGACCAUCAGCUGGAGGUGUGGUAGCUGUGUAUGGAAGAUGGUGGAAUUCGGUGAGUCUCCAAGCCUUCUCAAACCCCAGGUGAAACUUGAUUUCCAAUCUCAGGGUCGUGAUGCCAGAGAUCUGCGACACAUUCCAUUCAUCAUCAGUUACUGGCGCUGGGUUUUCUACAUCUAGUAGAUUUUUGUCGAUCCUGAUCAAUCUAUUUUCGAGCUAGCCGAAUGUGGGCUUGUAAAAUACACCUCGUGGAGCUCGAUUUUAUACGGGAUCAUGCUCUUGAAUUCCGGACGGAUCAAUCCUUCACCUCGCCAGAAAAAACUCAGGUGCCUCAGAUUUUGUGAUGAAUCGAAGGCUGCGACAAGAACCCUGCUCUUUUCUGUUUCUUUCUUUUUUUCUAUUUUUUUCUUUUGUAUUUUUUCCUGGUCAGCCCAACGGCCGAGCUGAAUAGCCGAGCAAGUCUCUGUGUGAAGCGAAGUAGAAAUCAUCAGCGACUGGAUAUUGUUCGAUCAAAGUAUCAAGUCGACAGUGCGUAUAAUUCCAUUGCGCAAAGCUUGUAAAUACGUUUUCCGUCUGUCACAGACCGAGGCAUGUCUCAUCUCGCAACAUGUGAAACUUCUAGUCCUUAAGUAGCAACAUUUUUCUACUCACUGAUUUAAGUGAGUAUUGUAGGGUUUAGCUGAAUUAGCCUGUAGAGAGGUAGAAGCUUACCAAGUUUUCUGCAUCCAGAUGACGAGACCAACAUUCUAGCUAGAUACGGAUUGUAUCCCACCAUCGAAUGUGGUGGCAUGUGAUGUACAGUGAAUCUAACUUUUCGCACAUAUCGUGCGCUUCACUCA